GCCAGGUCUCUCCGCGGUGGCGGCUGUGUGGCCGUGACGGUUGGGCGGCCACAGCCACGGCGCUGGCGGUGGGCUGGGGCGGGACGGGGGUAGGGCCGGCCGCCGGGAGCCGCCGAGGUUACAGGCGAGCCUGCCUCGCCGCGCGUGGGCCGCUGUGUCCGCGGGCGGGCCGUCCGUCAGUCCGUCCUCCCUCCCUCCUUCUCUCCCGCUCCCGCAGCCGCCCGGGCGUGCUUCCCGCCGCUGCCGCUGCCUCAGGGAGCCGUCCCCGCGGAGGGCAGGCGGUUGGGGUGCGGGGGGCGGCCCCCGCGGCACGUCUGCCCUGGGUGGGCUCGGAUGGCUUUUCCUCUCCCUCAGUCCGCCUCGCAGAGCUUGUGGCGGGAAGGGGUGGCUUGGCUCGAGGAGGAGGAGGAGGAGAAGAAGAAGAAGGAGGAGGAGGUCUCCUGUGCCCAGCGAUGUAGCCCUGCAAGUAGAACGGCGGCUCGGGGAAGGCAGUUAAACUCCUCACCGGUCUGACUCCAAAGCAUGGGCUAAAAACUAUGUCCCUCUCUCGUGUCGAAAAUCCGUGUUUCCUGCUGUUUCUGUUUGUCUUCCAAGCGAUAUUUAUCCUGAUACUGUACCGAGGUGGGCCUUCAAAUGUGUUUCGUGGGUUUUCAGACUCGCAUCAGAUUCUGGACUACUCAAACACUCAUGAUGUGUAUACAAACCUCAGCUUGUUUACCCAAGCUCCUAAUGAAGAAACUAUGCCAUACUGCUCAGCGCAGUCACCAAUAUUUGUUGGUCCGUUAACCAUCACCUUCAGGGUGCUCCGUAGUGAAAGAAUGAUCAUCAAAAAAAAUCCUUUUGUUCAGUCUGGUGGCCGGUACAGGCCACCUCACUGCUUGGCCCGCUACAAAUCAGCCAUCCUCGUAGCCUACAGGAACCAGGAGAAGUACCUUCACCAGCUCCUCUACUACAUUCAUCCCUUCUUGCAGCGCCAACAGCUCAGUUACAGUAUCUACUUGAUUCAGCAGGUAGGGAAUGGUACAUUUAACCGAGCAAAGCUGCUUAAUGUUGGUGUCCGGGAAGCCCUGAAGGACGAAGACUGGGACUGCCUUCUCCUGCAUGAUGUGGACCUAGUACCUGAGAACGAUUAUAAUCUCUAUGUUUGCGAUGAAUACUAUCCCAAGCAUAUGGCUAGUGCCAUGGAUAAGUUUCAGUACACUCUGCCGUACAAGUCCUUUUUUGGGGGUGUAUCUGCUCUGACUCCAGAACAUUACAUGAAGAUAAACGGGUUUCCAAACACAUACUGGGGCAGUGGUGGUGAAAACGAUGACAUUGCUACAAGGAUUCAGUUAGCAGGGAUGAAAAUAGUCCGGACAUCACCUCACCUUGGACGCUACAAAGUGAUGGACUACAGUGGAGAAAGAGAGACACAAGACCCUUGGAGAAGGUAUUCUUCCUUCUUCAGGCCUCCUUCCCGACACAACACCAGAAAAACAUGGAAAGAUGAUGGAAUGAAUUCAUUAGAGUUCAAGCUCCUUUCCAGGACAAAGCAUCCUCUUUAUACCAACAUCACUGUGGACAUUGGAUAUGUUCCCCCAUUUUCUUAAGAGAAUGAAAACAAAACCAGAGUUUGGGCUCAGCAUGGCAGCAUGCAUAUGGGCAUUCAGCCUCUACCUCCUGCUGUGGUGUGGAGUUAGCACCACCUGAGACUAAUUCCUAUGUCUUUCAUGCAUUUCACUUUUUUCCUGUUUAAGAUUUAGAAGAAAAGGCUUCAGGAAUAGGGUAGGAUAGCUAAUAAAUAGGGUGGGGGGUUACUGUAAAAUUAACUCCUGAGCUCAGCCUACCUCCCAGCCCUUGGGGAUCAAGGUCUCCUUGAGAGUAAGCUGACCCAAAUUUCCUGGAACCUCUGUUCCAUAGGUGGAUAGCUCUGGCCUGCUUUGUACUUAAGCGUUAAUUAGGAUACAAGCCAUUCUGUCAGACAGGCCCCUGAAGUGCUGUAUUUUGAGAAAGUAUUCAAGCCUGUUGCAGUUCUGUAUCUUUUGUGGAUUUGAAUACAAUAAAUUGAGUUAUGUGUUUGGGUUAA